GUGGAGUUAUUCAGCUUUGCUUCUCUUACAGGAUGGCAUGCCUUAUGCGAGUGUAUUACGAAUCCACGAAACGUGGCUUGAUGGUUAUGCGGGAAGGCCUUUGGUCCUAAUGUAGAACGCACAACCAACGAUUGGCGAAAAAUAAGCAGGGACGAGUCAUCGUCCAGAAAAACGAGACAAAUGCGCACUCAGUGAUGGAGCCCGUAGUGCGACGAUCCAUGGUCGAGGUCGACUUACAACGCGUUGAAAAGGAGCCAGUUCUACACUUAAUGGAAUGGCAUGUGGAUCCAAACGCACGCGUGUACAUUCCACCUAUGAUCGACAUUUGCGACAAGACGAGGGGUGACAUCAGGAUCAAAAGCGAGAAUAAGACACACUCAAGCGCGAGCUUUUCAAAUAGCCGCGGAAGACAAGCUCUCCAGGAAAGAGCCAGGAAUACGGGCACAGGUCGGAACGACAGGGAUCAAACUCUCAGUAGCAACGGAGAGGUUUGUAUUCUGCGUCUCUCAAUAAGCUUUCGAAAAUGGAAGGAGAAGCUUUCACUCCAAAGAUUCAAGCUUUUGCCUCCUAAAGGACAUACCAAAUUAUGGCGUGACAUUAAUAGUUCAUGCGUUUCAGCAAAACCAAGAAGAGAAACACUGCUCCUAACUUUGACGCGACACUAGAAGUACAGAAGCAACUACACGCACAGCUGGAGCUCCAAAUCGAAGCACAAGCCAAGAACUUGAAAAACAUGUUUCAGUUCCAGCAAAAGGUUGAGGUGAACCAGCAGUGCAAGAAGGAGCCAAAGGAGGCUGCUCCAGCAGCACUGCGGUCGACAGAAACCAAGGCUGCAGCUCAGACGCCAAAGUGCCUUGAACCGGCCUCCAAGAAAUCCAAGAUUUCAGAAGAGCAAAGGCAAAAUUCUAUCACCAUUGAUGAUGGGACGCAGAGAUUGUAUACUAGUUGUUUCAUGUCAAUGGCAUUGCCUCUAGAAAAGGAGAGCACUCACCAUACCUCUGGGAAUAAUUGUAAUCUAUUCAUUUAAUUUUCAGCUAGAACUUUCAGAGA